AUGCCUCCCAAAAGAAAGUCAGACGCGGGCGACGCCUCCCCCGAUGCCUCGAAGAAGACCAAGACAACGCCUGAAGCUUCUUCUUCUUCUUCCUCGUUUGACAACUCGACCCGUUGGUCCUCUAAGAGCCGGUACUCGGCCGUCUCCAACUCCCGCAAUGCGGACCUGGAUUACAAGAAGGCCAUGGAAGAUCCCGAAUAUGCCUUUACGUACGUAGUCAGAUGCCCUUUUGGCAGCAACGAUGAGGAUGAGGAAGACGAGGACGAUUUCGACAGCGAGGCCGAAGAAGAUGAGGACAAGCCGAGCUGCGACGGCGGCAAGACGUGCCUCUGCGGGAAGCUCGCCACGGAGCACCCCGACGCUCCCUUCGUCAUGACGCGCGCCGGCUUCCGCAAGCUGAUGAACCAGCAACCCAACUGCCAGGUCCGCGACCCGGACUCCAUGGGCAUGUACACCUACAACGACCACGCCGCUUACGGCAUCAUGGAGGUCCUCGAGAAUCUCAUCCUGGACUUUGACGAGGCCAGCCAGAACUGGAAGGAGCAGUGGGUGGUCUGCGAGGCCAUGGCUCCGUUCAUUUGGUACCUCUCCGGAGCGGAGUUCGGAAUGUGUGACGAUGGUGACCGAGCCAAGAAGAUGGCUAAGCUCGUCGGCACCAUGUUCCUCUCCAUGCUCGCCCGCCUCGAGCGCGAGGGCCAGCUGAAGCCGGACUCGGAGGCGCGCGACAUCGGGAUGGUCAUGGCCGGCAUGAUCAAGACCGCCGAGCCCUUCCGGGACUUCUCCCUGCUGGAGGACGAGGGCAAGACGCGCAAGUCCAACGCGCGCCCUUUCCCGUACGCGCCUUCCAAGUACAACGAGUACAUCGCCGCGUACGCCAAGAAGUACAACAUCAAGCUUGGCGGUGUCAAGGGUGUCAAGACCUUGACCGAAGGGUUUGACGAGAACAUUGCGCUGCCCGAGGCCGGUGCGCACGGCGAAGACCCCUGGGGUUUCAAGGCUGCGUUGAAGGAGUACAAAUCUAGCGUUGCUGGUAUGGGAGGCGACAAGCUUGACAUUACGUCGUGGAAGCCCGCGGAGCGCAAGAACGCUUCUUUCAGUAAGAAGGAGCCUCUACCGAAGGAUGUUCUGGACGGCAUCAAGAAGGGCAUGGUGGUUGGACUUGGUUAG